GACGAGGGUACGCAUCAAUUUGUACAGUCUUCAGUUGGCACCCCUGUUUUUCCCUGCAACGAGUGGAAAGACAUUUCUUUUCCUUCUUCCCCUGCGUUAUUGUUAUGAGCGGAUCCCGCUGCAACAUGAGGCAGCAGCGGCGGCAGCAGCAGCAGCAGCAGCAGGCUGUGUUGUUGACAGACGCCCGGGCUGCGAGGUGUGCGUGUCAGCGUGCAGCAGCAUAAAGCCACACAACAGAGGGAGAGAAAGGAGAAGAGGGAGAGAGGGAGUGGGAGCACGCAUCGCUGGAUAAUAUAGGUUUUGGUAGCUCUCGUGGUGUUAACAAACAAUCCAGUCCAGAACCAGUUCAAUCCCUGCAAUGGCUUGUGUUGUAAAAUGGAUGUUAUAAAGAAGAAAAUAUGAAAACAAGGACACACAAAGAAUCGAUGCCCAUGCGCAGUGGGCGACGGCGGGGGGCAAGUGAGGAGAGAAGGGGUAGACGCCCGCACCCCAGCCCCACUCGCCCUGAACGCAAUGAUCGUCAGACGCAAAGAGGUGCUGUUGAGGAAUUGGCUGGAAAUCGCUUCAGUCGCAGAUCACAAGGGCAUGAUUCAUCAGAGAGUGAGGGGGAGGAACUUGUGUCUCCUCCAAAGAGGCAGAAAGUUCAGGAUUCAGUCUCUACUCCAAACCCUCCAGCGUCAACACACUCGACUGACAACUCGGCUCCUUCUACUGUCCCGCCUCCAACCUCCGUUGCCAGCCAGUCCCGUGAGAGUGACAAUGAAGAUGGCCAAUCCCAGGGCAGCAGGAGUUCAGUAGUAGGGAGCCUGGCCAACAGCAGCAGCAGUCUGAGCAGUGGGAGGGAUAUAGACCAAGACAAUCGUUCCUCGUCCCCAAGUCUCUCUGCUUCCCCUCUCGGUAGCCUUGACUCUGAUUCCGACGGCCCAGACUCACCAAAGCAAGGAGAGAGAGAACGCGAGAAAGGCAAGGAAGGAGGUGCAGGGAAGAUGGGCGCAGAGGAGAGGAGAGCACUACGAGAGGGGAGAGGGGAGGAUUCCUGUGGCGAUGGAGAAAAGAGAGAUCUGGAUGCAAGAAUUGAAGACUGUCCCUCUCUUAAGUCCCCCUCUACUCCAUGUUCUUCCUCUGGUCUCACUCCCUCCCUUCGUGGAGCAGGGGAUUCAUCAAAUGACAGCAAUAGUGGGAGAAAGUCCUAUUUCUCCCUGGACUCCAAAUUGAUGUGUAAAGUUGAAUAUGGUGGAGCAGUGGGCGUCGAUGGUGGUCUUAGUGGCAACCGACUGAAUUCCAAAGCCAGCACACAGUGUGUGACCAAGACAAGUAUCUCGGGAGGAGAUUUCUCCCAUAAUAGCCCCAACAUUCCACACUCCUUGCCCCCUCCUCUGCCACCUCCACCUGCUCUGAAGCCCUUGGAGCUUGGGGGACAAAACCUGUCUGCUGAGGUUAAGAUAGAAAAAGCAGACAAACUCUUGGACAAGGCUCAGUCCACUCCUCCUUCACUACUACCACAGACGGGCCCUCAGCCACAGUCCCAGCAUCAGACCCAGACCUCCACCAACCCUCACCACUAUAGUUCCACCGGCUGGCAGGGUGGCACAGCAACUGGUUGCCAGGGGAACUGGGGCUACACCCGUUACCCUGGCAACCACCACCCACACCAACCACACCACCAGCCCCCAGUGCAGCAGCAGCAACUUCCCUCUGUUUACAAUCCUCCAUCCUCUCGCCACUCCUCCUCCCAUCCCUCUUACCUCCCCCAUCCUCAUCCUCACCCUCACAGGGAGUACCUUCCCAGGUACACUGGAGGGGGAGGGGACAGAGAGAGGGGGACUGCAGGAGAGAGGGAGAGGGGAGUGAGGGGGGAGUGUGGGGGGAGGGAGAUGAACAGGGAGUUCUCUGCUCCAAUUGGCAACAACAGCAACAACAGCAGUGGGGGUAACAGUAAUACUGCUUGUGGUGGAGUGGGUGGGCCCAACAACAUCCAAGGAAGAGAGUUUGGGGGUGUGUCAGUGGGUCAGAACCGGGAGUUCCAAAGUACUGGGAGAGAAGGACCUAACUUAGGUCCUGAAAGAAGAGACUUUGGUCCAGCUUUCAGAGACAGGGAGAGAGAACGGGAAGGAGGAAGAGAGUUUCCUCUUCCAAACCAAAAUCAGAAUAGAGACUUUGGCCCCAAUGGAGCUGGAGGGGGGCAUCCCAGAGACAAAGAUGGGGGUAGAUGGGCUGAGUUUGGGAGUCAGACAAGAGAAGUUGUAGGCAGUAGUAACCCAAACAACAGCUCCAUCUCUCAAGGAAAUCCUCCAAGUUCAACUAGUGGGCUACCUGUCGCGCCCAUGCUAAAUCGAGACCCACCUGCCUCACCCCAAAACAACCCCAGCCACCCCUCUCAUUCCUCUUUGCCUCUACAUCCUCACCCACAUCCCCAAAACUCAUCCAACCGAGAUUUCCCCUCUCCAAUUGAUCAGGCUCAAACCCCUUCUUCUGGACCUGAGCACUUUCACAGAGAGUACACUCCCACUGGAGGAAAAGAAUUUUCCGCCGGAGCACCUGCUUCUGCUGGCACAAAUCGAGAGUACCUUAGCUCCCCUGGGGUGACUCCAAACCUAGGGCGAGAGUAUUCAGGGCCUGGUGGAACCCAACACCCACAUACACCUCACCCCCACUACCAGUCUGGAUCUAGAGACAGAGAAAGGGACUCAAACCUCCGAGAGUCUGCUUUGUACCAAAAUCGUGGAGGCCCAAACCAACCUCCUGCACUUUCUCCUUCCUCCUCUUCCAGCCAUCAUGUACACCCUCCAAAUGCCCCUUAUCCCCCACCACCGCCACCUCAGCCGACUCUAGUCCCACCUCAAACCUCUCAUGCCCAGCCUCCCCCAUCAGCUAUGGCACCCAGUGUACGUCCCCAACACUACCAGUCCUCCAACCAGACUCCUCCAACACCUCAUUCUCCCUUACCCAGCCCAUCCACCAAUCAGAUGGGAGGCUUCUCAUCUUUUCCUCCUGGCUCCUCCUCUGCGUCCAACAUGCCAGUUGUGUCAUCCAGCUGUUCACCUGGAUGUCGCCCCUCCCCUUUCCAUGGCACUUUGAACAGCCACCCUCCAUUCAGUGGAACAUACCACUCUAAUGGCAACAGUGGCAAUAACAUGGCCAACAGCAAUAGCAACAUUGGUGCAGCGAGUAGCGGCAGUACCCAGUCACAGACACUCUCCCCUCAAAAUGCAUUAAAAGGACCUCCACCUCUUAGUAACUCUGCCAACAACAACAGUGUCUCGACCUCUGCCUCCAGUUCUUCACUCCCCGGUGGAGAUGGACAGUCAGAUUCAGUCCUGCCUUCCACACCUGUCAUCAAGGAAGAACCAAUUGAAGAGAGGGAAGAGAGUGAAAGCCCGCCACCAAUGUUAAGAAGUCCAUCUCCUGAACCCAAACCUGUCGACAUUCCUAUCCACGCCAGUCAGUCAGCACGGUUUCACAAGGUCCUUGACCGUGGAAGUGGGAACUCCUGUGCUCGCAGUGAUGUCCUCUUUGUCCCGUUGGAUGGCUCCAAGCUGUGGAAGAAGAGGAACGAGAUGAUCGAAAGGGCCCGGAGGGAGGUCGAACAACGGGCUAGAGACCUCAGAGAAAAAGAGAGGGAAAGAGAAAGGGAACGUGAGCGUGAGAGGGAACUGGACAGACAUCUACAGCAACAGAAGGAUGUCAACGCCGCUGAAAGAGUUCGCCAGGGUUCCUCGCUCUUCUUUCCCUCCUCGUCCUCUAUCAUCCUAGACCCUUCCUCUUCCUCCUCAGGCAACCCUGUCUCCCACCCUCCUCAUCACCAGCAUCAUCAUUCACAUCCACAUCCACAUGCUCACCUUUCUCCAGCGCACCAUCUUCACCCCAGCCUUUCUCACUCAAUCCCCCACUCUAUCCUCCUGCCUUCCAUGGGUGGGGCUCAAGCUGUUCCACAGGGAGCCCUUGGAAUAGGCUUAGGAGGUCCAUACCUGGGCCCAGACACUCCAGCACUGAGAACCCUGAGCGAGUACGCCCGCCCUCAUGCUAUGUCUCCUCUCGGAGCAGCAAGUCGAGCCCAGGCUCACCACCAACAAAUUCAUCAUGGUCAUCCCCAUGUCCACCCAUCAUUCUUCCUUCCUCAGUUCCAAAAUCAUGCCUUAGGCCACCCACACCACCUACCCACUGAUGCAGCAACAGCUGCAGCCAUCUUGGGCUUUUUGUAUGGUGGCAGUCUUGAAGGUGGUCCAGGCAUUGGUGGCCACCCAGGCAUGGCAGGAGGGCCAAUUCCUGGAGGGAUUGGGGGUGCAGGAUUAGGAGGAGUUGGUUUCCCUCAUGCAGUAGCUGCGCAUCGAGAUCGAAUGAAGCCAGGAUUUGAAUUUAAGAGUGAUGAGCGGGUUUACCCACCAGUUACCAUGGCUGAUUCUGCAGCUCUUGCUCUUGCUCACUCACAUUCACAUGCCCAUGCCCAUGCCCAUGCUCAUGCUCAUGCUCAUGCUCAUGCUCAUGCCCAUGCCCAUGCCCAUGCUCAUGCCCAUGCUAAUGCCAAUGCCCAUGCCCAUGCUAAUGCCAAUGCCCAUGCCCAUGUGCAUGCACAUGCACAUGCACACUCUCUGCUCCUUGGAGGAGGUUCAGGAGGCUCUAAUGAGGUGUCACUCUAUGGUACUCCACCUCCCCCAACUCCCCCUGGCCCUCCACACCUGCAGAACCCAUCCCUGGCCCCAGUAACGCGACCCCCCAACCCUCCUGCCCCUCAGUCUCUGUCCAAUCCACCCCCUUCAUCUCUCCUCCCACCAUCACUCCCCUCUCACUCAUCAUCUGCACCGCCCACUGCCCCCACAGCCCCAGCAGCUCCUACCGCUCCUCCUACAGCUCCUCCUCCACCCACUCCACCAACCUCCAAUGCCGCCUCACUUCAUCAUCCAGUACCUCAUUCUUCUUUUCCCAGCUCCCUCUCCUCUCAUCUGCCACCAGCGUCUGCUCCAGCCGAUCCCCCCGAAGCCUACCCCACUCCCACCCGCUCACCUGCCUCUUAUGAGCGAGACAGGAGCGGGGAAAGAGAGCGGGAGCGGGAAAGGGAGCGAGACAGAGCCACUUUGCCACCCUUUGAUAGAGACAGAGAGCGAGAGCGAGAAAGAGACAGAGACAGAGACAGAGAAAGAGACAGAGACAGAGACAGAGAAAGAGAAAGAGAAAGAGAAAGAGACAGAGACAGGGAGAGGGAGAGAGAAAGGGCAGGAAGUGGUGGAGGAGGAACAGGAGGAGGAGGGGGAAGUGGAGGAGGCUCUGGUGGAGGAAGUGGAGGAGAAAAUCUGGGACGUCUUCAGAUGCUAAAUGUGACACCUCAUCAUCACCAGCAUUCACACAUCCACUCACAUCUUCACCUACACCAGCAAGACACAGCGGCGGGCGGGGUUCACCCCCUGAUGGACCCGUUGACGUCGGGGUCUCCUUUGACACGCCUCCCAUACCCAGGAGCCACACUCGGCACCCCCAUCCUGGCUCACCCCCUCACUGACAGCGAGGUGCUUCGCCAACAGCUGUUCGGUGAGGAGAAGGCUCCUCGUCCAUGUGCUCCUUUCCGUGACUUGCCCCAGCCGUCCUCCCUCACUGGUCCCAUGUCAGCAGCCCACCAGCUCCAGGCCAUGCAGCAGGCCCAGAGUGCAGAGCUGCAGAUCCAGAGACUGGCCCUGGAACAACAGUGGAUCCAUCACCACCACCACCACUCCCUCACCCAGGACGAGUAUUACAGUCACCUGAAGAAAGAGAGUGACAAGACCCUGUGAGGGAGGGGCACAACAAGGAGCAGCAUGGAGACAAACUGAGGGAACGCGCGUGUGUGGGCGUGCGCACGCGCGUGUGGGUGUGUGUGUGCGCAAAAUGAAAUGAAUAAAGCAAAGCAAAAGCACUGGACUCAAUAAAGGAAUAAAGGCUGGACCAAAGGACAGGGAACUCAACACUCUAGAAAAAGAAGAAGAAGAUUUGUGAAGGAUUAACAAAAGAAGAAGGACGAGCAGAGUGUUAGAAAUGUGCACCUUCAUGAAGAUCCAGCCUCCAGUGCUUCCCUGCAUAAUGUUCUCGAACUCCAGUUCUGUUUUGUAUUGUGCUCCGUACAGUAUAUUAGAUGGGGGGCAGCUAUAGUGAAGUACAGUCUGUGUAAAAUACUUUUGCCAGAAAGAAUGUGUACAUGAGUCUCUUUUAUGUUAUUGCAUGUAGCUAUAGGCGCUUAUUCUGAACUGGUGGAACUUUUAUGUUCUAUUUUUAGUAAUUACCGCCUCUUUUGUAUUCGAGGUGUGUUCUAUAUGCAUGAGACCAGCAAUUUUAGUGUUAUGUUUCGUUUAUGAUGAGUAUUGUUAUUAUUAUGAUUAAUGUUGUCUGUUUGUUGAUAAUGAUAUAAUUAUAUAUAUACAGUACAUAUUAUUUGUAUUAUUUUUUUACAUUUUCAUGGUAUGGCAGGCAGUUUUUAUUUUUAAUUUUUUUCUUAUUUUGAAUUUACCUUGUGAAACAAGAUGCAAAUGAAGGGGAAAAAAAAUCUGGAAAUAAAUUAUAAUCUUUUUUUCUA